UCCAGUUAUCAGCCUGCAGCAUCUCUGCCAACCUCAUUGAAUCGCCAUGGAUUCCGCCACUAGAAGAAGAAUUCAAGGAUCCGGCCUCUUCGAAGGCCUUUACAGAGUCAUCAUGCGUCGUAACUCUGUAUACGUCACCUUCGUCAUCGCCGGCGCUUUCCUCGGAGAACGAGCUGUAGAUUAUGGAGUUCAUAGGCUCUGGGAAUACAACAAUGUGGGGAAAAUUCUUACAGGGAUACUCAGCCGCCAAAGCCAGGUUUGCGACGUGGGUCAGUCCGGAUUAGUCAAGGCAAAGCCUAAAUGUUGCAGUUCUUGUAGAAGGCUGUAACUCAUGUUCAACAAUUGCAGCACCUUAUGGUGGUUGGUGUUACUUGUGUUCCUAAUCGUAUUGUUAUUUGGUCUCAGUUGUGUGCAUAGUUAUGUCAUAUGUAUUGCCACAAAUGAGUUGUUUUAGCUUCCUUUAUUCUGUUUUUCUAAACCAUAUGAUAUGAUCUAGCCUUGUGGGAAGUUGUAAUUUCUUAUGUCAAGAAUUCUGCUGUUCAAUGACUCAGUUAG